AUCGAUUUCAAAAUCGACAGAGAAAGGUCGUAGUCAUAUUUAAGUACGAUAUAGUACGAGUGUGACCAAUCAAAUUGCGUAUUUAUUAUUUAUACGUCCAUCGAGUACCAACAAAUAUAUAAUUUUAAGAAAAUGAGCAUGUUGCGAAUAACUUAUGCAACAAAUUUAAAAUCAUUCGGUCUCUUUCAUUUUCAUACAAUAUGUGUACGAUGUACCGAGAAAAUUAAUAAAACAUUCUCUGAAAGACUUGAAGAUGGCCCACAGUUUGAGGAUUUCAUCAGCAAUAAUUAUACGGAAUAUAAAGGAAAAUUAAAAUUGGAAAAAGGAGAGAGCAGAUUGAAAUUACCUCCAUGGCUUAAAACUGAAAUACCUAUGGGUAAAAAUUACAAUAAAAUAAAAUCUCAAUUAAGACAAUUACGUUUAAGUACAGUCUGCGAAGAAGCUCGUUGUCCCAAUAUUGGAGAAUGUUGGGGUGGAGGAAGCCAUGGUACUGCAACUGCUACUAUUAUGUUAAUGGGAGAUACUUGUACUCGUGGCUGUCGAUUUUGUUCCGUCAAAACGUCUCGUACGCCAGCACCAUUAAAUCCUGAAGAACCAGUUAAUACAGCAACUGCAAUAAUAGAUUGGGAUUUAGAUUAUGUUGUUCUUACAUCUGUUGAUAGAGAUGACUUAAGUGAUGGCGGAGCAAAACAUAUAGCAAUGACAGUAAAGGAAAUUAAAUGCAGAAGUGAUAUUUUUGUUGAAUGUUUAGUACCAGAUUUUAAAGGAAAUAGAAGUAGUAUCGCAACUAUUGUUGCUUCCAAUCUUGAUGUAUUUGCUCAUAAUAUUGAAACUGUGGAGAGAUUAACACCAUUUGUGAGAGAUAGACGAGCUAAUUAUAAUCAAUCCUUGGAUGUCUUAAGAAUAGCUAAAGAAUGUAAUGAAAAUUUAAUUACAAAAUCAUCAAUCAUGCUUGGGUUGGGCGAAACUGACAAUGAAGUAGAACAAGCAAUGAAAGAUUUAAGAAAUGCUGGAGUAGAUGCUUUAACAUUAGGGCAAUACAUGCAGCCUACAAAAAAACAUUUAAAAGUAAUAGAAUACGUUACACCUAGUAAAUUUAAAUUAUGGGAAAAUAUGGGAAAACAAUUAGGGUUUCUUUACACUGCAAGUGGUCCAUUAGUACGAUCUUCCUACAAAGCUGGCGAAUUCUUUUUAACAAAUAUUCUAAAAGAUCGUCAUCAUCAAGAAGCCAAAACACCCUCUAAACUAUAAAUAUUAAAUAAUACACCAGUAUAAUAUGUAGUAGAAAUAAAUGUAUACUGUUAUAUAUAAAAAUUAUACAAAUUUGUAAUUAGAGAUGUUUGUUAUAUAACCAAUCAUCUAGAGAUUUUAUAUAUGCAGAUGAUAAAUGAUAAGUAUUUUACUCUUAUGUUCAAUAUUUAAAGAACAAAACUUGAAAAUAAAGUGACCAUAUUUUUUA